CUCACCGUAAGGCGAAGUCGGUUUUUUUUUUCAGACAAAUCCCACCUCCUGAAACUGAAGCUUCCCGAUGCUUUUUGUAACCAUCAAUGGCCGCCAGUAAACACAUGAAACGCUUGUUGCACAAUAUCAAUUUGAGUUCCAAGUUUAUAAAGGAAAGGGAACCUUAUAACCCCCGUGUAUAUAAUGUCAUCAAACGCUUUCAAUCACAAUGGCCAAAAGUACAAGAUCCAAACAUGAAAGAUGCAAAAGAUGAUGCAUCUGUAUCACCUAGAAAUAGAAUACCUCAACAUGACAACCAAACAGAGUCGAAUUCUAAGGUUAACAAAUACAGUUCUGAUGAAGAAGAUGCAAUCAGCAACAAGUGGAAGCCAGAGCUUGCUUGGCUCACAAAAGCACUUGAACCUGCAUUACAAUUGUGUAGAUGGCCUCUUCCCACAGGAAAUGCACAGGGAACCAAAAUCCCACCUAGUAGUCGAUCACUUGCAGAAAUUCUUGCAAGCAUUCAAAGAAGCAAACUUGGAGUCAAAGAUUGGAGCUUAAGUGAUCUUACAAUAGGUUUAUAUCUUAUCUACCUUCAACAAGCAUCCACAAAUCCAUUUCAAGAUGUGAAGGGUGUAAAGAUUUCAUCCGACACAGUGGUGCAGGAUCUUAUAUACCAUAUUGAACUAGCAAAAGGGGCAUAUAGGGAAAGUGCUAGUGGGCUAGCUAAAAACAGCAUGCUUCGUGAAAACAACAUCAUAAAAUUUGUGAAGAAUUCAAGCAUGCUUAGACCUGGAUACUACAUUGGUGUUGAUAUUCGCAAUAAACUUGUGAUUUUUGGGAUUCGUGGGACCCACACUGUGUAUGAUUUUAUCACUGACAUUGUUUCUUCAAGUGAUGUGGAAGUUAAUUUUGAAGGGUAUUCCACUCAUUUUGGAACUGCUGAAGCUGCUCGUUGGUUUCUCACUCAUGAAAUGGGAACCAUUAAAGAUUGCCUUCACAAACAUCAGGGAUUUAGGUUAAGACUAGUGGGCCAUUCACUUGGAGGUGCAAUUGCUUCAAUGCUAGCAAUUAUGAUUCGAAAAAAGACAUGUGAUGAAUUAGGUUUUAGCCCUGAGAUUGUUACAGCUGUUGGAUAUGGAACACCACCUUGUGUUUCUAGAGAUCUUGCUGAUAGCUGUUCUGAUUUUGUCACAACCGUUUGUAUGCAGGAUGAUAUAAUCCCGAGGCUAAGUGUUGCUACUUUGAUGAGAUUGAGGAAUGAAAUUCUUCAGACUGAUUGGAAAACCAUAUUUGAAAAGGACGAUUGGAAAAGUGUUUUAGAUGUGGUUAGUAAUGCAAAACAAGUUGUAUCCUCUGUACAAGAUGCAGCUAGGAAGCUAGUUGAUUACACCAAAUUCGGAAGCCAGACAAAAUUUAUCGACAUUCCUGGUGUGAAAGAUUCUGUUGUGACACCAAGUAUUAUGACAUCAUCAACCUCAAAAGCAGUUGGACAAAAAGGUGAUGAGAUUGAAGAGGAAAGAAGAGAUGAUUUGACGUUAUUGCCCCAACCCCAUGAGGAACUUUUUAUUCCGGGAAGUGUUUAUUUUCUCAAGAGGAAAGAAGAAAAACAUAAUGGCAACCGAUUCAAUUCUUUCACACUUUGGAAAAGAAAUUCAGGUGAACAUUUUGAAAGGAUAUUGUUGUCUAAUAAUUUGGUUUCAGAUCAUAAGUGUGAUAGUCAUUACUAUGCUUUGAGGGAUGUUUUAAAAGGUAUACCUCUGCCUCAAAAUCAAAACUACCCCAAGUAAAGCUUUCGUUUUUCUUACGUUUUCCAUUUUUAUAUUUUACUUGUGGGACCCACAAAUGACAAAUGACAAAUGACAAAUGACAAAAUGUUAGUGUUAGAAAAUAGAAACGCAUAUGUUUUAUGGUUUUUCACAUGUUUAUGUAGUUGAAUGUACAUAUUGAUUUUUAUCAUAUUUUUAGAACAUUUUAGGCC